UAUAAGCAUAAUUAUAUAAAUUUCAGGGUAUUGUUUGCACGGGAAAGAUCCUUGCUUUAGAAAUGUUUCCACGAGAGGUCCGUUCACAUACAGAAGCUGCUACUUUUAUAGCAUGGUCUGUAGGAAUCAUGAUUCUUUCUCUGUAUGGAUAUAUUUUCCGGGGCAUAGAUUGGCGUUUUCUCCAGAUCGGCUUAGCUGCAUUCUCAUUCUAUGCCUUGUUUGAGUGGUGGAUGAUGGAUGAGUCUGUAAGAUGGCUUAUCACAAACGGAAAAAUGGAGCAAGCGAAGAAAAUUCUGAAGAAAGCUACUAGAUGGAACAAAUCAGACUUUAAGAAGAUAGAAAAUCUUCCAUACUUCGAUGAAGUAGAAAUUGACAUUCGAAAGUCGGUCGAUACUGAACUUGACACGAUUGGAAACGCUGAUGACGACAAAACUAAACGCGAGAGAGAAAAGCAAAGAAAAGCGGUAGAAAAAUACAACGUUAUAGACAUUUUAAAAAAUCCGAAGCUGAGAUUGAACACAAUUAUUCUGUGGUAUUCGUGGAUUGUUGCCACAGGGUCGUAUUAUGGUCUAACACUUAUAUCAACGCACUUGGCCGGGGACAGAUUUGUAAACUUUUUUCUUAGCGGAGUUAUAGAAAUUCCCGCCCUUUUAUUAGAAUUCUACCUGUUUAAUAAGAUUGGUCGUAAGAAAACAAUGAUCCUAUGGUUUGCAACGGCGGGGAUUGCUCUGAUCAUUUCAACUGCUCUUCUUACUGUAUUCAAGGGAAAUGACACUGUUGAAACUAUUGCUACAGUCUUCUCGCUGAUUGGGAAAUCCGCCAGUACUGGGUGCUUCAGUACAGUGUUCUUAUACACACCCGAAAUUUACCCUACAAAUUACAGAAACAGCGGACUUGGAAUAGCCUCUUCAAUCUCGCGUAUCGGUGGUAUAUUGGCUCCUUUUGCCAGUAACCUCGCGUUGAUAGCGCUAUGGAUUCCUGGAGCUAUUUUUGGCGGGAUGUGUCUAUUGGUUGCUAUUUUUGCACUCCGACUUCCGGAAAGCGCCGCUCACGAGCUACCAACAACUAUUGCAGAAUGUAAUAAAAUGGACGAAAGUAGUUCCUCGUCCUACGAAGAUACGUCAGAUGAUGGCGGUAAAAAAGAUGAUGAAGUUAAGACUGACGAAUCUGACGGAAGUGUUGAAAAGAGCAUUAAUUCUGUUAGAUUUUAAACCGUCGAAAAUGACGGUCUAGAAUUUCAAAAAUGUUCUAUUCCUAUAAUACGCAUACAUAUAAAAAUGCAUAAAAGUGCAACUUAUGGACAUUCCUUUUGGGAAAUAUUAGAGUCAUAAAUGCUCAAACGUUCAAAACAAAAUGCUUCGAAUCCAAACACAGUAAGUGGAGUUUUAACUGCUGUCGCAAUAAAACAUGUACAGUACAUUAAGAUUACAUGUACAAGAGUUUCUUGUAACAUAUGCUUCUUAGAUAAUCAAAUCAUUCAAUUAGAAAAUGCUUCAUUAUAACAUUAAUGAAUAUUAUCCAUGUUUUUUUUAUUUUCUUAUAUUAUCUAUGUUUAUUCGUUUAUCUAUUAAACUAUAUGUAUA